UUGUUAUUUUGAAUCGAGAGACCGGAAGUCCUGUUUUUCACCUUCUAGCUUCACUCCGAUCAGUCUGGGAUUAUUCACACUAGUACUUUUGAAGAGGAAUGCAGCGUCGUAGCGACUCGUAGCCAAACGAACUUGAAUCCCAAGGCAUCGUCGUUCCAGUCAGCACACCAUGGCUGGCUUCAGACAAGAGGAUGUUGAGUUGUAUUAUGAAAUGGAGGAGGAGCUGGGCAGUGGACAAUUUGCCAUCGUUCGUAAGUGUAAAGAGAAGAGCACGAGUAUCGAGUACGCAGCCAAGUUCAUCAAGAAGCGCAGACUGUCGUCCAGCCGGCGGGGGGUGAGCCGCGAGGAGAUCGAGCGUGAAGUCAACAUCCUGCGGGAGAUCCAACACAGCAACAUCAUCACCCUGCACGACAUCUUUGAAAACAAGACGGACGUGAUCCUGAUCCUGGAGCUGGUGUCCGGAGGAGAGCUCUUUGACUUCCUGGCUGAGAAGGAGUCUCUGACGGAGGAGGAGGCCACCCAGUUCCUAAAGCAGAUCCUGGAUGGCGUUCAGUAUCUGCACUCCAAACGCAUCGCUCACUUUGACCUCAAGCCUGAGAAUAUCAUGCUGCUGGACAAGAAUGUCCCUAACCCCAGGAUCAAGCUGAUUGAUUUUGGGAUCGCACAUCAGAUCAAAGCAGGAAACGAGUUCAAGAACAUUUUUGGAACGCCAGAGUUUGUCGCUCCAGAAAUAGUAAACUAUGAGCCACUUGGCCUGGAGGCAGACAUGUGGAGCAUCGGAGUCAUCACAUACAUACUACUAAGUGGUGCUUCACCUUUUCUGGGCGAGACCAAGCAAGAGACACUGACGAACAUCUCAGGCGUGAACUACGACUUUGACGAAGAGUAUUUCAGUAACACCAGUGAGCUGGCCAAGGACUUCAUACGCCGUCUGCUGGUCAAGGAUCCUAAGAAGAGAAUGACAAUUGAUGACAGCCUUGAGCACCCCUGGAUUAAGGUUAUUAAGAGGCGAAAUGUCCGCCAGGAGGAGCGAGACCACAAGACUGAGCGCCGACGCCUGAAAACCACUCGUCUGAAGGAGUACACCAUCAAGUCCCACUCCAGCAUGCCUCCUAACAACACGUACGUCAACUUUGAGCGCUUCUCCCAGGUCCUCGAGGAGAUCGCGGCCGCAGAGGAGGGCCUGAGGGACCUGGAGCGCAACCAGCGCUCGUGCCGGGAGGAUGUGGCGGCGCUGUUGUCCAUAUACGAGGAGAAGGAGGGUUGGUACAAGGAGGAGAACCAGAGCAUCUCCAGCGACCUGAGCCACAUCCGCCAAGAGCUCCAGCGCACUCAAGCCCAGCGCAAGAAGAGCCAGGAGGAGACCCGGCUCACCAUGCAGGCUGCCAACAUCCUCAAGCGCAAGUACGGGCGCCUGGAAAACCGCUACGAGGUCCUGGCCGAGCAGGUGGCCUCUGAAGUCCGCUGGGUGGAGGAGCUGGUCAAGUCCAUAUCGGCGGAGAAGGACGGCCUCGGCAGCAUGCCCUGAGCCGGGCUGAAGUCCAACAAUGACACUUUGAUUCUCGAGUAUCCUCCUGCCGUUUGAGUGGGUCAGUCGUCGUCGUAAGCUGUGCUGCUGUUGCCCAUCGGGGAAAACGUUCCACCCUUUUUUAUGUCACGCUCCAGAGAACCAGCAAGAUGCUCAGAGGCGAUAUGUUGAACCCAUUCCAGUUUCAUUCCUCUGUUUUUAUAAGUUAAUUUAUCAUUUUUACGGUUAAGUGACAAAUAAUUCAAAGUUUGCAACUAUAUUGGCCUUUUUAUUUCGCAAUUUUCCUUAUCUUUUUAUUUUUUUAUGUAAUUACAUCUGAAUGUCUUAGUGCUGUGGAAGCCAGAGAUGUCGGCUCAUCUUGCCAGUUGUGUGAGAGAACUUCAAUAUUUAGCUUAUAGCUUCAGGUUUCUUAAUUUAUCCGUUUACAUUUCCGAUCAGAUUAACAGCUCACAUUAAUUGUGUCAAACUACAAAGGAUUCAAUAAUUGUAAACCAAGAAAGAUUUUGUUUAAUGUGUUAUUUUACAAAUCUGUCAUUACCUAAUUAUUUCUUCAAAAAAAUCUUGUGAACGUUUCCUGGACAGAACUAGUUCAUUUAAUUUAUUAUUGUCUUCUAGAGGAAUUUCAAUUAAUGACAUUACUCCAUUUAAACCCCAGUAAAUAUGUAUUCACCAUACAGUCAUUAUUGAAAACUGUAUUCUCCACAUACGCUUAAUUUUAUGUUUAUUUCUAGACACAUGUCACGUCUUGCCUGUCCAACUCAUCUCUCUAUAAUCACCACCCGAUGACAUGGUUCUUUCCUGGAAACCGCCUCGGAAAUUAUUUGGAAAUUAAAUAAAUUCACAGACCUAUAAAAAUAAAGCACCCCCAUAUUUCGAAUGUAUAAACUCAUCUUUGCAGUGCCUGUUAACUGAUCGACCGUAUCUCCUCUGUGAGCACUCAUCCGGCAUCGAGUUAAUGACGUCUCUAUCACAUUGAUAUUGCUCUUUGUCUUACACGCAUCAACUUUUGCACAGUAGCCUUUUAAACCAAAUAGUGUGCAUGAGAACCUUUCUCUAUAUCCUGUUAUUCUCUAUAUCCUGUUAUGUCCUCUGCCUCUUGUUUCUGUUUUCGUUCUGACCAUCUCUGCAAACUCCAAACAUUCCACUAAUAAGUCCCAAAUCCAUGCAACACAUUCCCCAUGUAUUGAGUAGCCGGUGUACGAUACAGGCGAUCGUAUUCAUCAGUAGAGAUUUGCACUUAGAAGAUUAUAGAAGUGUUUCAAACUCUUAACUUUUAAUCUGUCUCUAAAGUGUCAUCUGAAAUGCCUUGGCUUGUUUCAAAUAAACAAAGUUAUCACUGUAA